AUGCAACGUGAAAUCAAUGAAUUGAAGAGGGAAUUGAGCCACGUACGGCGAAGACAUUCAUUGCCCAACUCCAAGCUGUCCUCUGAGGAGACAGAUGGUGCUAGUUAUAGACAGAGAUCCAAAACUCCAUCUAGUGAGACUUUCUCCCACGACAAGGAGUAUAACCAUAGACGUAGAUAUAAGAGCCCACCUCGCAGAGAUCUAGGGAACGAUGCCAUGAACAAAGCGUUGAGUCAAGUUUCUAAGUCACCCUUCAUGCAAAAUAUAGAAGGUGCGAGUCUUCCUAGGCGAUUCCAUCAACCUACAUUCACCAUUUAUAAUGGUCGAAUAAAUCAAGUGGAACAUGUCAGCCACUUCAAUCAAAGGAUGGCUGUUCAUUCUAAAGAUGAGGCUUUGAUGUGUAAGGUCUUUCCAUCUAGUUUGGGCCUAGUGGCGAUGAGGUGGUUCAAUGGUUUGAGGGAGAAUUCUAUUGAUUCCUUUAAGAAACUCACCCGAGCCUUUGGUGCUCGCUUCAUUACUUGUAGCAAGGUUCCUCUGCCUUUGGGAUCCUUGUUAUCUAUGUCCAUACGGGAGGGGGAAACUCUGAAGGCCUACUUCAAUAGAUACUGGGAGAUGUUUAACAAAAUAGACGAAGACUAUGAUGAUGUGGCCAUUAGUACUUUCAAGGCUGGCCUCCUAGCCGAGCAUGACCUGAGGAAGUCUCUGACUGGUAAACCUGUUACCAGUGUGCGCCAACUUAUGGAUCGGAUUGACAAGUACAGAAGGGUAGAGGAAGACCAAAUACAGGGGAAAGGAAAUGCUAAGGUGAUCCCUCAGGAGAGGAGGAAUUUUAGGUCGAACCGGUACAACAAUAACCAACCUCGGAAAGAUUUUGUUGGGUAG